AUGUUAAUUACUUGCAACAUUGAAAAUAUUGCUAAGAUGAAAUACCAAGUUUUGUUCACUGUGUUAGCCAUUUUGGCUGUUAACGUCAACUGCACAGUGAUUCAGCCUAGCCUGGAAUUGAAGAGUUCUCCAGUGAAAUUUGCAGAAUUAGGAGAGCCGGUUGAGUUGAUUGAAUAUAAUGAAGAAGUCAGGAAUGAAGAAGAUGGCGAACCCGUACAGUACAUUGAAAGUUUUGAAGAAAUAGAACUUGGAUCUCAAACGUAUCCAGAGGUUUUCUCGAGAAUAGUUCAGCCUAGGAACAGUGUACUACUAAGGGUAGUACACAGGAGAUCAGCGGUGGCGAACACAGUUCAUGUACUUAGGGUCAACUACCGUGGCAGAGCAAGCACCAGAAUCUCCUCUGUUCGAGCUGCACAGAUUGGCGCAAACCUCGGGGCGAUUGGACGCGUUGUAGCUGGCGGUGUUGGCAGGAACUUUGCCACAGUAGAGUUAAGGUCAGCAAGGGGCCGCGGCUUCAAUAUUCAAGUUGAUAUUUUGGGCCGAUUCUAA